AUGAUUAACUGCUGCAUCCGCUCCAUAAAGAUGGACUCUGACCCUUCAGAAGGCAGCAGCCUCCUCAUCCUCACAUGGAGCUCACACUCACUACACAAGCUGUUCAUUGAAGAAUUUAACAUUAACAAAAACAAAAUGGAAGCAAAUGUUGUUGUUCUGGGAACAGACAGCGUUGGGAAAUCAGCUCUGACUGUGCGCCUCUUAACUCGGAGGUUCAUCGGUGAAUAUGGRGACAUCGAGUCCAUCUACAGUCACAGUUUUAUAUCAGAUGGGAGGGAGAUCAGUUUCAGUAUCUGGGAUUCACCUUACUCUGAGGAUCUGUUGGUGGAUACGACCCUCUUCAAUAAGAAGGUGCGGUGGGCCGAUGGCUUCGUUCUAGUCUACAGCAUCUGCGACAGAGCCAGCUUCAACGCCGUCAACAAGCUGGUCCAGAGCAUCAGGUCCACCAAAGGCUUCCKCAGCGAAGACAAGGCGCCCAUUGUGAUCGUGGGCAACAAAAGGGACCUGAACCACAGGCGGACGGUGCCGAGCGAGGAGGGCCGGCUGCUGGCUCUGAACACAGACUGCCUCUUCUAUGAGGUUUCGGCAGCGGAGGACUACCACAGCGUGCUCACCGUGUUCCGUGGACUCACGGAGCGGAUGAGGGACGCCAAGCUGACGAGCACCAAAAGACCUCUGAGACUGAAGGGCAUUGUGAAAAGCAUGUCGGCGGUGUUCGCCAGGAGGCGGACAGACUCACUGUGAGAGGCUGGAACUGUGCCGUUUUCUGGGACGAAGUURCAAACCUGACUGAGCGUCAAGAAGACGCCAAUGAACCUCUGAAAACAAAACAUUUAGACAUAUAACCUGCUCUGUUGUGCCACUGACUGUAAAGUGAUUUUAUUUAUUUACUGUAUUUAAACUGAAAUGGAUUCAAAUCGAAGGAAAUUCUACGGAAGACGUAAACUAUAUAUUUGCCAAAGAAAUUGUUAUAAGCUGUGGUGGGCAAAGCUAACCAGAAAGUUAGCAUCGCUAACUCAUAAUCUGCUAACUAAAAACACAGCUUUGUUAAUGCUAAACUGCUAAACCUGUAAAACAAAUUAGAGGAAGCUAACGCUAAACAUGUAAAAAAAAAGAUCAAUUAUUAAUCAUAAAUUAAUGCUAAAAACCUAUACAAGUUGUAAUGCGAUGGUCGUUCGUAGGAGGAGAGCUAGCUUAGCAUAAACCAUGUGCUUCGGUGCAGCUCCGAAAAGAGCGACAGCUUUUUGGUUCCCACAUGUACUACUUUAUUACAGAACUUGAAACCAUACAAAGCCAGGUCUGCACGGCACUAAAUCUACAUUCAUACAUGAAUAAAUAGAUAAUAGUCCAUGAUCCUUCACCAUCAUUCAUUACCGAGGUUGAGCAGCAGAGCAGCUAAGCGCGUACACAGUGCAAGGCUUUAGCUCUGAACUCUUAUGCUGCGUUCACACCGAACGUGAUUUCAGCUUCAAAAUCACAUCCAACGCUUCAAGUCAGACG